AUGUCAGACCAUCCCACGGCAUUCACGAUCAAACCAACCGAUAAGGCAGUGCAGCUAGCAACGAUCUCAGGUACUGCGUUUGGCCAUCCAGUCACCUAUCUAUGCUACCCAACUCAUCCCCAUAUCAAUGGAGUGACAGCUACCGACUGUAUGGAGGGCGCUGCCACAACUCUCGGAAUCCUUAAUAUUGGCUCGGAAACCUUGACUCCUAAUCCGACAGGCUUUGUGGUCGGAAAGGAAACCUUGACUCCUGGGGGUAAAGCCACCAUUGGCACCCAUACUUUGUCUUUAGGGUCCAGCGGUGGCCUGUUCAUCGAUGGAAGCUCAAGUCAUAUCGAUUACACGAUGCCUCCGGCCACAACAACGACCACCAAGAGGGCUGCCACAAAAACUACCGCCGCGCAGCAUACAGCUCACACGGGUGAUAUCGUUUUCACGGUUGGCUCUCUCACCGUGACUGCAAAGCCCACAGGCUUCAAGGUGGGGACUGCCACGCUGACACCUGGUGGUCAAGUCACAGUUGGAACAGAGACUCUAUCAUUGCCAACAGGCGGCGGCGCUAUCGUCGUUCACGGCAGCACAGUGCCCUUUGAGACUGCGCCUCAGACAUUAACGGGCACUUCUGUUGGGCAUGAUACAACUACUACCGCCGCGCACCAUCCAUCUAGCACGGCUGAUAUUGUCUUCACUGUUGGAACUUUGACCGUGACUGCAAAGCCCACGGGUUUUAAGGUUGGCACCGCUACACUGACACCCGGCGGCCAUGUUAUAGUCGGUACAGAAACUAUUUCCCUUGAAACCGGUCGCGGAGGUAUUUAUAUUCAAGGCAGCACGGUGCCUUUUGAGACCGUCCCUCAAACACUAGGAGGGGCGACCCGAACUCAUGCGAGCACUGGUACCUCCCAUACAACUCACAAGACAGCGCAAGCGACCCAUGAAGUGCUGACUCUGGGAACUCUGACGGUCACUGCAGACCCGACCGGCUUCCAAGUCGGUACCAAUACCCUAACACCUGGCGGGGUGGUUACUGUAGGCAAGGAGACGUUGUCUCUGCCAAAAGGAGGAGGAGGUGUAAUUGUUGAUGGAACUCGAACAAUCCCGUUUACGGAUUCCACUACUUCAACCAAGUCAAAAACAUCAACUACUUCAACUACAUCUCAUCAAAGCUGGACCACGAUCUCUGGCUCCUCCACUACAGGGUUGUAUGGUAUCAUCACCGUGCCACAGCUCACCGGUUUGACGGCACCUAUAACAACCACCAUGACCUAUAUUGAUCACGCCAAGACGACAUAUGGGCCUAUAUUCGUGGGAGCUCGCGGCAUUGUGCUUCAAUCCUGGCCUCCGUCAACGGAUGUGCAGCAUGGCAUUGGAGGUAGUCUGAUUAUCCCCGAUCCAAUCAUGCCAUCCACCAACGGGUUGAAAUGCCCUUCAUUCCUCAAAUGGCUUUGCGGUCCUUCCUCUACCAGCUCACAAGAAUCUGGCUCAGAUGUCAACCCGGACGAUGAGCCGAAUAGUAACCCGAAGGACGAUCCCAACAAGAAAAACAAUCCUACCACGGAGCCUACUUCGCACAAGUCGACUACAUCAGAGAAGACAUCCACGCAAACAACUUCCACAUGCACUAAGACUCAAGUAAAGAAUUGUGAGGUCACAUGUAGCCCGACAGUGAUUAGUUCCAAGACUACAACUACAUGUUUCACCACUGCUUGUUCCACGACGGAGGCAUGCUCCAAGACGGGCCAUACAUCAACGACCACGAUUACAUCUUCUGAUCCAUGCGCAACUAUGAAAAGUCUAGCUUGCGGACCUGUGCCGGACGAGACUGUCUGGGUUCACCCCGAUCUGGAUCUGGAUACUUCGCUUCUCAAUAGUCUAGCGUCAUCCAUCAUGGCUUCCGAUGCAGCGGAUAUGAACGACAUCUCUAGCGGAUUUGCUCAGGCCCGAUCAAGCCUGACUGCAACGACUCUUACUACCGCUACUGCUACUACCAGUAGCAGUGAACACACCAGUACCAAGACCACCCACCAUACUGCGCCCUCUACGACAAGCAAAGGCACUCACACUAAAUCAACAACUAGUACUACUACUACUCUGGGUUGUCUUCAUCAAUGCCCGCAGGAUCAUGAGUGCAACUGCUAUUGCCCAGAAAGUCCAGACAAUUUCUACCAGAUAAUGAGCUCAACGUCUGGCAUGACAAACUACCAACCAUGCGGCUGGACUACAUUGCCACCGCUGGACACAGCCGCGAAUGUUGGCCCUCUCACUAUUACCGAGUCCAACGGCGACGUUGUAUACUGCGCAACCGCACACUAUUCAGCGAGCACGAACAGCAACAAGAAGUGUGUGGGCUCAAUGACAACCCUACACACCCCUGUCCACACUACGGCUACUUCAACGAAGACCUCGCUCGUCGCAACUGGAACUGGCCAGCCAUUGGGCGAGUUGUACAUCGGAAUUAUCGUUCAAAAUGGCGGUGCCAUUUCAGAUUGGUCAUGGAAUGUGUACGUCCCCAAGGUUGGCGACACUCCCAACUGGUGUGAUGACUCCGUGGGAUCCCAGGAUGAAUCGAACGGUAAUAUCGAUCGAUACUGGUAUCCGCCCGAUCUCACUUUCAAGGAUCUGAAGGGGAAAAUCAGCACGUCCAGUUUGUCCAAUUGCAAGUAUACGGGAGAUUCACACCACAAGAAAGCUGGAUCUCUUGACUGUGGUCAGGGUGUUAUUUCUUGCACAGGUGAUUUCCACGGAAGCGAUGACUCGUCUAUGUGUCCAGGUUUUGAGUAUGCGGGUGACGCUUUCCCUAGGGUGUACUGCAAGUGGUACCUGAGUUGA